AAUUUCCUCAAUUAAAAAAUAAAAAUAAAAAUUCAACUCUCUCUUUCUCUCUCUCUCUCUCUCUCUCUCUCUCUCUCUCUCUCUCUCUCUCUCUCUCUCUCUGGAUUCUGUAACAAACAAAUGAAGUGAAGAGACACACACGCCAAACCGAAACCAGAAAAACAAGAACAACACUUGCUUCCACGUUCUCUUUCAGUGGUCCCUAUAGCCAUCACUAUUCACUUUCUUAUACUCUCUUUUUCUUUCUUCAUAAAAAUCAUCCUUUUCUCAUUUUUUCUUCUGAAAACAAGGAUUUUCGAUCUUAAUCCUGUUCUGUUCUUCUGCGCAUCUCAUUUUUCAUCUGAUGGCGAGUGAAAGUGUUGAAUCACUGGUUACCCCGGAUGUAACUAAGUCACCUGAGGUUAAAGUAAGAAGGAACUCUGCCGGCAAUGCUAGGUCGGGAAAUGGCGAUGAAAAAGUUGUUCCUAAUUAUCUCAGAGCUUCCACUGGUUCCUGUCAUGAUUUGUGUAAAUAUGGGGGGGAGCAUGCAUUUGUAUCGAAGCGAUCUAUACCGAAUAGAGCUACAAGAAAAAAAAUUCAUCAAAGUUCGGAAGCGAGCAUCGGUCAGGUGAUUGCCAAGUCCAAACCACCUGUUGAUUCCAAACCAACAAAGAUGUCAACAGACGUACUCAAAGAUUCGGUUGAUUCCAAGCCAACAAAGAUGUUGACGGUUGUACACAAAGAAUCGGUUGAUUCAAAGACUCAGAUUCCUGAUGCCUUAGAUAUCAAUGCACAUGAACUUCCAUCGAAAUCAUUUGAUAGCCAAAAGCAUGUUGCGAAUGAAGUUAAGGUAAACAGGAAGAAAGCAUCAUCAGUCGAGGUCAAACCAUCAUCAUUCCUUCUGAAGUUUCGUACUUCUCCAUCGACAAGUCAAGAAAUUUCAUCAUCAACUGAUAAGGAGGUGCAAUCACAAUCAAAAUCAACUCCUGUUAAGGUGGAAAAUCUAUCAAAAUCAACUACCAAGAAGGUGGAAAAUACAUCAAAACCAACUUCCAAAGUCAAAACUUCAUCAAAAUCAACUGAUGGUCCAGUCGAAGCUGUGUCAAAAUCGACUCUCAAAAUGGUUGAAAAUACUUCAAAAGUCAAAACCUCAUCAAAAUCGACUUCCAAGAGCUCGGGUACUUCAUCGCAGUUAUCUUCUUUAAAUGGUAAAGAAAUAAAGUUGUCGGCAAAACAUUCGGCACCUUUGAAUUCAAAUCGCGUUGCAAAGAAGAAAGUAUCUUCCUCUAUGAAUUCCUCUGAAGGCUUUGAUGACAAAAUAAUUAGUGAGAUCAAGACAGAAAAGAAAGUAGCCUCCUCCAAAACAGUUUCAAGAAAACCGAUAACACCUAUAAAAGCUUUAUCAUCUCCAAGAGCUUCUCUUAAAAGAGUUUCAAGUCUAAAUUCAAGAAAUCACAAGAGCCUCAAAAUCGUGUCUCAUCUUAGGAAUCAGAAGACGGCAAAAGAAGAUGAGCUCGAAGAACACAAUAACAACAACAUCAACAACAACAGCAGCAGCGACAGCAACAACGAGGUGGAGGAAAGGACUUUGUAUGUCAUUAAGACGGAAAGUGAAGAGAAAACUUUACAAUCUGAUCAAACUGCAAGCUAUGAUGAUGAGUCGUACCUCCCUCAGUUGUCCACACCUAUGUCUUCGUCAACCUCAGUUACUCGAUCCUUAUCUGACGAAGACGAGGAAUCUGAAUAUACAACUAGUGAAUUUGAGGUGGAUUCUUUAUCAGGAAUAAACUGCGAAAUCGAAUGCAUGGAAAACGAGGAGGCUUUAAAAGUCGAGAAGAAAAGCAAGCCGAGAAAGGUUAAGGAAGUUGAAGACAAGGACUGUGAGAUGAUAAAACUGAAGUUCAGAAGAGGCAAAGUGGUUGAUAAACAAAUUGAGAAAAAUACUCCUAGGAGGCUUACAUUUCGGAGAGCGAAAACGUUGGCAGAGAAAGCAAAUGUUAACAAUAACAGCGAAAGGAAAAGCUUUAAAAAAAGAGAUGAAGCAUGUAGUGAGAGCAAUGGUGGUGGCAAUGGUCAAGAGAAAGUUGUUUUGAGACACCAAGAUGUUGAGGAUAAGAAAGAUGCACAAGGAUUGUUUAACAAUGUUAUUGAGGAAACAGCAAGUAAACUUGUUGAAGCUAGAAAGAGCAAGGUUAAAGCAUUGGUUGGUGCAUUUGAAACUGUGAUUUCUCUUCAAGACAAAAAACCUUCUGCAAACAUAGUUAGUUGAUGAAAUCAAUUUGGAUGAAAAUUUUGUUUUUGUUUUGUUUUGGUUUGAGUAAAUAAAUUGUAGGAGAAUAAGCUUUGGCAGAAGGAACUUUAAGUAGAGGUAGAAUUUUGCCUUGAAUUGUUCCUAUUAGAUUUUCUUGUAGAAUUGAUAAGAGGGAUUUUGUGUUUGGAA